UAUUAAGCUGUCUUCCCUCAGAUAAUAUGAAAAGACAAUCCCUUUUCUCUUCUUUGUAUUAACUCUUCUUUCUUCUUCUUCAUCCUCACAACAAACAUGGUGACACCGAUACUGUUACUGGCCUUUCUUUUCAUAGCCGGAUUUGUUAACGUUUACUUUUAUUUCUCCCGCAAGAAGUUUCAUGCAUGGCUUCAAUCUUUCUUCCCCGAGAAAACACCCAAGGUUGUGGUUUCGGUGAAGGAGACGACAGAUUCGGAUUCGAACAAGGCAGAGCUGAAAAGGGUUUUCGCCACCUUCGACAAGAACGGCGACGGGUUCAUAACGAAGCAAGAGCUGAGGGAUUCGCUCAAGAAUAUUAGGCUGUUCACGACGGAGAAAGAGGUUGAAGACAUGGUCGUCAGAGCCGAUGCCAACGGAGAUGGAUUGAUCGAUUUCGACGAGUUCUGCAUCUUAUGUGGCGGUGAAGAUGAACUUAAAGAGGCUUUCGAUGUGUUCGAUAAAGACAAAGACGGGUUGAUUUCGUUUGAGGAACUGGGUUCGGUGCUGAGUUCGUUGGGGUUGAGUGAAGGGAAGAAGAUGGAAGAUUGUAAAGCAAUGAUAAGGAAAGUUGAUAUGGAUGGUGAUGGAAUGGUUAACUUUGAUGAAUUCAAGAAGAUGAUGAAAAACGGCGUCGGAUUUGUUUCAGUUUGCUAACCCUAAUUUCCUCCAUGAUUAAAGCUUUUGAAGUAAGGCUUUCAUCUCUAUUUAUCUCGCAAAUGAUUUGAGGUUUUACUUUCUCUGUUAUGUUGAAAUUUGAGAUGAAUUAAAGAAAGGGGAUUGGAUCUCAAAUUUUGGAACACAAGAGGGACUAAAACCAUAAUUAGACCAUUUAUGUAAAGACAACUCCUUUUGGAUU